AUGACCUCUGUUAUAUCUGGUUUAUCAAAGGCCUCUUUCAACCAUGGCUGCACCGACUUGGACAUGGAUCCAAAGCUAGAAACGACGCACCAUUACGACUUUAAAUAUAUUGAGCGCACAGUCUACAACCUUGCUGAGAGAGAUGAUUCACUUGGUCAUAGUGUGAAGGUAGCAUUGCAAGUGACCGAGAAGGCGUACCAAGAAUACGGGUUUGAUGCUGUUGCCCUCUCGUUCAACGGCGGAAAGGACUGCACAGUGUUGUUGCAUUUAGUGGCUGCUGUGCUAUCCCGCUUAGGACAUCAAGAUGAAUUAUUACGCACUGUAUUUGUUACAUACCCCAACCCCUUUCCUCACGUUGAUGCAUUUGUCAAAGUCUGUAUUCAACGCUACAAGUUGGAUUGUGUUUAUAUCCCUGGCCCAAUGAAACAAGCACUUCAACAAUAUAUCGAUGGCUCAUCAAGACCUACAAAAGCCAUUUUUGUUGGCAUUAGAAGAACAGACCCUUAUGCUGAGAAACUAUCGCAUUUCAACAAAACAGACCAAGGCUGGCCAGAUUUCAUGCGUGUCCAGCCUAUUAUCGAUUGGAGUUACAAGAAUAUCUGGGAUUUCUUGCUUGAGCUCAAGAUACCUUACUGUUCACUGUAUGACGAAGGUUACACAUCCUUAGGCAGUAUGGAGAACACCUAUCCCAAUCCAGAAUUGAAAGAUGAUAGUCAGCCCAGCGGAUAUAGACAUGCUUGUAGAUUAACAGACGAAUUGCAUGAGCGUGAUGGAAGACAAGGCUCUUCCAAAAAGUAG